AUGCAAAUGAAAAAUAAUCCUGAUGAGAUCCUGCAGGGGUUAUGCAUGGAAAAUAUAGAUUGGGAAAGAGAUUCAAAGGGAAUUCCAAGUCACAUAAGGAGGAUAAAUCUUACUCCUGUGGCUAAGGGAUGGUAUGAAAUAGUGAGGAGAUCUAUCCUUCCUACUGGAAACGCAUCUUGGGUCACAAUCAAACGAGCACUCUUGACAUACUGCAUCUUGCAGGGAGGUGAGAUCAAUCUUGCACAACUCAUAGCCGACAGUAUUCAAGAAAUGGCCAACUCCCAAAGAAUCUCCAACUUGGAGAUACUGAUGGAAAGGAUGAUGAAGCACCAAGAGCUAACUAGCAAGAACCAUAAAGCCUCAAUGAAAAAUCUAGAAAGGCAAAUUAGUCAAUUGUCCAAGCAAGCAGUGAUUGAAAGACCAACAAGCUCACUCCUAAGUGAUACCAUUCCGAAUCCCAAAGAAGAAUGCAAAGCCAUCCAAUUAAGGAGUGGAAGAACCUUGAUGAAAGACAAGGAAACCAACAAGAAACUUAUGGACAAUGACAAAAGGCCAGCUGAAAAGGAUGAGGCCAGCAGCAAGGAAGAGCAAGCUUCUAGUGAAUUGGAUUUGAGCCAAAUACAGAGAGCCAUUGAAGAAAUGUCUCAGCAAUUCGUGAGAGCACAGGAGCAACAUCAAGAACAAUAUUUGAGGCAACAGGAGCAGUAUCUGAAGGAUCGAGAGCAACAAGAGAACUGGCAACGCCAAAUGAUGGAAAAACAAGAGAAAUGGCAGCAACAAAUGAUGACUCAGCAGCAAGAAUUUCAAGCACAGAUUCUUGAAGGGCAAAAAGAGCAACAGAAUUCAAGGAAUCAUAUGAUAAGCUUUAGACACGUACAAAGAGUGGAGUAUGAUGAAAACAUGCAAGCAAGGUUGGAGUACUUAACCCACAAUCUGCCAACACUCAAUCCUGAGAUCAAGCCAUUUGAACAAUGCCCUGAAUUCUUAGCCAAGCAACAAGCAAAAUCUCAUCAAUACACUGAGUCAACCUUUAACAGAUUGGAAGAUUUUGGGCUCAAAGGACUCCUAGAUUCUGUUUGGGGUAGAAGAUGUCCUAGUGAAGAGAUCCGAGAUUACUCCAAGACAGGGAAGAGAAAGAAGAAGAAGGGAGAAUCAAGCAGCAGCCAUGACCAUUAG